UUUCGCUCCAACUCCAUACAAUAAAAUCACAGCUGCUGUCCGGCGAAGGAAAGUUUCUACGAUCAUCAAGUUGCAUUUUACACCUUCGCGGGACAAGUUCGAGUAAAAAUAUCAUUAAAACUGCUGGCGUGGCGUUCUCGCUAAACACUUUGAGUGUGUACGUGUCGCAGCCUGCUUGGCCAACGUGCACGCAGCGAUCGGUAUAAGUGGAUCUAGGUCGCUGUGUGCCAGUGUCAUCAUCAUCAUUUCGGGCUGCGGCGUACGCGGCUAGCGACUGAGAUUUUUGCUGAAGCGCCGAGAGCUAUAAGUGAGAUGCUAUCAACUUUCAGUUUCGUCACAUGGCUGGCUGACAUUUGGCGACACGUGUGACUGUGAUAUUGCUAGUCCCGCAUACAGCUGUAAACACGUUUCUCACAGUACAACUGUGAUAUCGCAUAACACCGGUGUAUGUAGGCCUACGCGUGUGUAUAUUGUGUAAGGUGACGCCUUAUGACUGGAAAUUAGUAAUCGACGCUAGGCAGCAUCAGCAUGAGAGUGUACGUAAUCGCUGUCAUCGCCAUCUUCGCCUGCUCGCUCCUCGUCAUCGCCAGCUGUAAGAAGGCGACAACGCCGAGCGGCGACAGCGAGGACGACGACGUUGACGAUGAGGACGACGGGCAGGACCUGUACGAGGUGCUAGGAGUGAAGAGGACGGUGACAGAGAAGGAGAUAAAGAAAGCCUUCAGGAGGCUGGCGGUGAAACAUCACCCCGAUAAACACAAAGGCGAUGCAGAGAAGAAGGAUGCAGAGAAGAGGUUCAGGAAGAUAGCAGCUGCGUACGAGAUUCUCUCUGACAAAGAAAAGAGAGAGAAGUACGACAGGUUUGGCCACGAUGCGUUCAAGCAGCCACGGCCCGGCGGCGGUCCACCGCACGGGUUCCGCCCGCCGGACUUUGACUUCAAUGACUUCUACCGACACUUCGACGACAGCUUUAACUUCCGGCAGCAGGGCGGUCACCAUCGUGACGACCACGACCGUCACAGCUUCAAGUUCGGAAACAGGUUCUUUGAUUUUGAUGACCUGUUUGAUGACAUGGAUAAUGACGAUUUCUUCACUGUCAAUAUGAACCAUGGUGAUCCGUUCAGACCAGGUAACGGGUUCCACAACUUUGGUUUCGGCAACGGCUUUGGGCCGGACAUGUUUGAAGGCCCUCAUCCGCAUUCACCAUGGCAACAGCAACAUCAGCAACAAUCGUGGAUGCCUCAGCAACGCGACGAUGGCAAAUUCCACGCGUGGAGGGAGGCGGAGUUUAGAGAAGCCCACGAACCAUUUAGACGAGCACCACGUCAGCCCGACGACCAUCUGAAUAAGCACCAUCAGCAGCAUAGACAGACUGUACACGAAUGGCAACAGUUUAUGAAGCAGGACGGCCAUCACCAGCAGCACUGCAAGACGGUGACGAAGAGACAGGGAAAUACGGUGUCAACGUCCACGACGUGUAACUGAAGCCCGAAGCCAUACUUGGGAAACGCGAGUCGCUGCUGCAUGCAUGGAUGCGCGCCUCAUCCCUGAUGUAAACAACUUGUCGUGCUUCUGGAAGAGAGCGCUCCAUUGCAGCUCGAUCCAACAACAAACAAGCGCACGACACAGGGGAAGUGUGCGUAGGAUAUCUUCUUCCUAGCUUGCUGGCCGAUCUUCAUUCAAAGAAGAGACUUUUUCGUCGGCUCCUCUCGUGCGUGGAAACCAGCGUGCUAUAUAGGUGUGCGGCGUUCGGUCUACAUUGUACGUGGUUCUUCCGUUACACGCGCGCAUUCAAUGGAUUGAAAAUGAGGAAAAACGCGUUGCAGAUGUACGACGAUAGGUGGCAGCACUGAAUGCAUUCCGGACUCGUCAUUUUCAAAGCUGAUGUUUUUGAUGCAUCGGCUGUGAAUCCGCCCGCCGGCGAUUCUAAAGAAGCUUGCGCGUGCCUGCUGAAUAGUAGAACGUGUCAAUAGAAAGGGUGCUGUAUAAUUCUGUCGCUUCCUCCCUCCGCCUUAGACGGUCGAUCGGAAGUUACUACUGGUGGUCUUCCUUAGACGUUAGCCGUAGUCGCCCAUUUUAUCUACUGGUGCUGAUAUUCGUAUAGGCAAGGCACUGCUGUUAAAAAGAUGCUAAUAAAUUAUUUUGUUUCGUGCA